AUGGUGCUUCUCAGCCCCUCAAUAAACGGGCUUAGAAAACUGCUCAGUAUUUGUGACCAGUUCGCUAAAGAACAUGGCCUCAAAUACAAUGUAGCGAAAACCGAAAUGCUCAUUUUCAAAGCGGAUGACAUAAAGGAUGAUAAAGAUAUGGAGAGGGAGCGCAGGGCUCUCUCGGUGCGGGCUAACAUGAUAGCGCGCAGAUUCGCGCGUUGCUCCGAUGACGUGAAGCUGUGGACAAAGUUUACCAAGCGCAGCUAUAAUGCGCUUAGGAUACAAUAUAACAACGCCUUCCGCAUCCUAAUGAAGCAUCCGCGUUUCUGCAGUGCUAAAGCCAUGUUUGCUGCGGCGGGGGUCCCUGACUUCUUCGCCAUACUCAGAGCGAGGACGGCUUCCUUCUGGGAAAGACUAAGACACAGUACUAACUCCAUCUUGUGUGCUGUUAACGAAGAUCUGAGUAUAAAGAGGAAAUCUUUAUUCUUUAUGCAUAUUGCAUAUUAUGUGACUGUCUUGAACGUCGGCACUAAAGGUAUUAAGAUACAGUGA